CUGCGCCCCAACCAACCAACUGCUGCUGCUGCGGCUGCCGCCGCCGCCGUCCCUCCUCCCCGCGCGUUGCUGCUGCAGCUCCAGCCGUCAGCCGAGGGCAGCUUUCAGAGCGGCGCGUGCAGGAGCGGCAGCGCGAGCCGAGCACCGAGCGCGAGCGAGCGAGCGAGCGAGACAGACCCACGUCUUGGCGGAACCCAGACAUUCUUCUGCUACGCCUACAAAGAUUUCCAUGAAAUUACAAAGUCAAGGAUUCUGAAGUUCUGGAAGCAGUAAGCAUUCUCACAGUGUGGCAUUGUCGGCCACUUAACCUUGAGAAGGAAAGUGACAUUCAAGUUCUCCUUCUUCCAAAAUUGUCUUUUUCAGAAGGAAUUGGUGGUGCUGUUUGUGCAUUUGUAAGUGGCACGGGAGCCAAUAAUGUGACAUAGGUAACACAAAAGCAUUUGCUGGAGAAGAACAAUUCAGACUUGUCUAAUUUUUUAAUCUGCCCUUUUCUUUUUAUUUUUAACCAAGUUUUAUCCUCUCAAAACACUGCCAAAAGAUGCCAGCCAAGACACCUAUCUACCUGAAAGCUGACAACAAUAAGAAAGGGAAGAAAUUCAAGCUGAGGGACAUUUUGUCUCCUGACAUGAUCAGCCCACCUCUUGGCGAUUUUCGCCAUACAAUUCAUAUUGGCAAAGAAGGGCAACAUGAUGUCUUUGGCGACAUCUCCUUUCUGCAAGGAAAUUAUGAGCUCUUACCUGGGAACGACGGUGAAACAGCUAGCCAGUGUGAAGGCCACAGCCAGUUCCUAAGAGCAAACAGCACCUCUGACUCUGUGUUUACUGAAACGCCUUCUCCGGUGCUCAAAAAUGCCAUAUCACUUCCUGCCAUCGGUGGUUCUCAAGCCCUCACACUGCCCUUGUUGUCACCGGUGACAUUUAAUUCAAAGCAGGACUCUUUGGGGCCAUUAAGGAAUCCCAGGCAUAGCUGUGAACCUGUAAUGGAAGAAAAGUUGCAGGAGAAGAGCAAACACUUGGAGAAUGGGAAAAUAUACAAAGAUGACAUCACAUGGGAGCGGAAUGUCCCAACUUCGCAUUAUACUAAUGGAAGAGACAGUCAUUCAUCCAGCCUUUCGGAACAAUACACUGAAUGGCAAACAGAGGAGUUAUUUGACAACGGCCAUCUUUCAUGUGAUCUAUCCAAGACUCAGCCGAAAUCAGAAGACGCCCUUUCAGAUUUGGCAGAGCCUCUCUUUUCUUUGCAACUUGACCUUGGGCCCUCACUUUUGGAUGAAGUACUCAGUGUAAUGGACAAAAACAAAUUAUAGAAUCAGUUUCUCUUUUCAUUUCACUUAUUCAUAUAAACACAACUGAAAUGUGUGGGCACCAUCCAUCCAAAGUUAAGCAAUCAACACUGCAAUUCUAUGCACACUAUUUUGGAAAUACGUCUUGUUGAACUCAAUGUGCCUUACUUCUUAGGAAAGCAUUGGGUGGACAUCCAUUGAUUUCAAUGGGAAAGUUAUGCAUGGAUUUAAAUCAGAUCCAAUAAAAAUGAAUAGGAUUUAAACAUGCUUAUGUUUGGAUGGAUAGUGCCUUAUUGUGUGUGUAUAUACAAAAUCAACUCUCUUCGCAGUUGACAAGUUUUCUAAGAACAAAUGACUUUAAACUAUUUUUUUACAUAAUUUCCAUGGUUUUUUAACAUGCCAAAUGUCUCAUAAUGAGGACAUAUUUUAACAACACAAUUUUCAGCUGAAUUAAAAUGUUUUCUAGAACCAAGAGAUUUUGUCAAUAUAAUAUUUAGGUGAAAUCUGCAAGUUAGGAUCAUUAACUCAAUUCAUUUUCAGAAACCCUUUGGUUCUCAAGGGUCCCAUGUGUGCCAGACAGAAGAUUUAUGAAGUGAAGGUGAAAUGUUAAUUAGUUCAACAUUACUUAAUAUGUAACUCCUCUCCUUUCCAGAAUGAUAAGGGUUUUUCUUUUAUUAGCAAUGUUUUUUUUUCAUUCUGGCUGCACUGUUAUUGUUGAAUGUUAAUGCAUAGCUCUGUGCUCAAGUGGGAAUGGUUUUUUCUGUUUAAGUAUUAUGGAAAAUAUAUGUAGCCAAUACAAACUGGUGCAAUUGAACUUAAUGGAGCUUCCUGUGUGAGCUCUUACUCCAACAUCUCUUCAAUCUUAGACAAUCCAAUCUAAAAGAGAUUAAAAGACAAAACUGCAGGAGCCAUUACAUUAUUUUAUGAGCUGAGAUCUAUUUUUGGACAUUAAAAUAGUUCUGUACCCACACAUGCACACACACAAAGAUUGCACCAGAGAGACUUUGCUUAACAUUUGCUUGGAGAGCCUUUGUAUAAACUGUAUAUUUGUGUGUGUUUUCGAAAAUACGUAUUUGAUUCUUUAGCUUUGUUCCUUCAGUUAUUGACUUUGACACACAAAUGUUUAAACUUUUGCAAUAGGUCAUCUUACGGUUUAGAGGACAGCACUGGUUACCCACAAAGCUCUAAUGGUGCUGAAGCAAAUGAUACUCCAGGGAAUAUAGAGAUACUAUAUCCCUGCAUUGCGUAGAUACUUUGUGCAAUACCGUAAAGAAUAAAUGUGGAUAAAUAAAUAAAUCCUAUUUA